CCCGCUGUGAGGCGACCCGAACAUGCAACCAAGCUGAGCCCUGCUCCUGCUCAAAUUUGUCUUGUUGUUGUUGUGGGGGGGAAAGCAGACCGGCCGAGUUCCCGAUCUGAAAUUCACACGACUUCAUCCUUCGAGCACAAUGCAAAGGUGACUGGUGAUGCUUUGCAGAGAAUCAUCCAUCGUUGACUUUGCUCCAGCUUCCUGAUCUCAUCUCCGAAAAAAGAAAAAAAAAAAACAAAACAUAUUUCCUUGGACGGCUGGCCUAAACCAACGGGUACAAUGGCCGCUUCCCCGUGGAGCCGUCCGGCGUUUUCCUGCUUCUUGCUCCUUCUCUGCUGUUGCCACUUUUCGCAAGGGUUCAGCCGCGCCGCCCUGCCCUUCGGCCUCGUCCGGCGGGAGCUCUCGUGCGAGGGCUACGCCAUCGACCUGCGCUGCCCCGGCAGCGAUGUCAUCAUGAUCGAGACGGCCAACUACGGGCGGACCGACGACAAGAUCUGCGAUGCCGAUCCGUUCCAGAUGGAGAAUGUCAACUGCUACCUCCCCGAUGCCUACAAGAUCAUAUCGCAAAGGUGCAACAACCGUACGCAGUGUGUGGUUGUCACUGGCGCCGAUGUCUUUCCCGAUCCGUGCCCCGGCACCUACAAGUACUUAGAAGUCCAGUAUGAGUGUGUUCCUUAUAUCUUCAUUUGUCCCGGGACCCUGAAGGGCAUCGGCGACGCCACAUUCCUGUACGAGGCGGAGCAGCAAGCGGGGUCGUGGUGCAAAGACCCGCUGCAAGCCGGGGAAAAGGUCUUCUUCAUGCCCUGGACGCCGUACCGCACGGACACGCUCAUCGAGUACGCCUCCUUAGAGGACUUCCAAAACAACCGGCAGACCACCACGUACAAAUUGCCCCACCGGGUAGACGGUACGGGCUUUGUGGCCUACGACGGCGCCAUCUUCUUCAACAAGGAGCGCACGCGCAACAUCGUCAAGUUCGACCUGCGCACGCGGAUUAAAAGCGGCGAGGCCAUCGUCAACAACGCCAACUACCACGACACCUCGCCGUACCGCUGGGGCGGCAAGACGGACAUCGACCUGGCGGUGGACGAGCGGGGCCUGUGGGUCAUCUACGCCACGGAGCAGAACAACGGGCGCAUCGUCGUCAGCCAGCUCAACCCGUACACGCUGCGCUUCGAGGCCACGUGGGACACGGCCUACGACAAGCGCUCGGCCUCCAACGCCUUCAUGGUGUGCGGCGUGCUGCACGUGGUGCGCUCCGCCUACGAGGAGAGCGACGGCGACGGCGGCGGCGGCCAGAUCGACUACGUCUACAACACCGAGCUAAACCAGGGCGAGUACACGGAAAUCGCCUUCCCCAACCAGUACCAGUACGUCACGGCUGUGGAUUACAACCCCAGAGACAACCAGCUGUACGUGUGGAAUAACUUUUACAUCCUCCGCUACGACCUUGACUUCACGCCGCCGGAUCCCGUCGAAGCGUCGCCGGUGGCCGAAUUCCCCGUGUCAUCACCACCGCCCAGAACCACCAGCGUCACGGCGGCUACUGCGGCGCCCACCGCCAAAAGCCCAGGCGACCGCAUCGCGGGGGGAGGAGCCGACCCCAGGGACGGCAGGGACCCCUUCGAGGACGCCCGGGGCUCGGCGACGGCGGCGCCCGCCGCGCCGGAGCUGCCGCCCGCGUCCAGGCGCUUCUGCGAGGCCACCCGGCGGCGGACCAUCGACUGGCCCCAGACCCACACGGGAUCGUCCGUGGAGAGGCCGUGCCCUAAAGGCACCAGAGGCAUCGCCUCCUUCCUGUGUACGGCGGCGGGGAACUGGGGCUCCAAGGGCCCGGACCUCAGCAACUGCACAUCCCAUUGGGUGACUCAAGUGGCGCAAAAGAUCCGAAGCGGCGAAAACGCGGCCAACCUCGCCAACGAGCUGGCGCGGCUGACGCAGGGCCCCGUGUUCGCCGGUGACGUCAGUUCCUCCGUGCGCCUCAUGGAGCAGCUGGUGGACAUCCUGGACGCUCAGCUGCAGGAGCUCAGGCCCAGCGAGAAGGACUCGGCGGGACGUAGCUUCAACAAGGCCAUCGUGGACACCGUGGACAAUCUCCUGAGGCCCGAGGCGCUGAAAUCGUGGCGAGACAUGAAUUCCACCGAGCAGACGCACGCCGCCACCAUGAUGCUGGACACCCUGGAGGAAGGGGCCUUCGUCCUGGCCGAGAACCUGAUCGAGCCGGCCAUCGUCAAAGUGCCCGCCGAGAAUAUCGUGCUGGACGUGUACGUGGUGAGCACAGACGGCCAGGUGCAGGACUUCAGGUUCCCGCAGACCAGCAGGGGAGGAUCCACGCUUCAGCUCUCAUCCAACACGGUCAAAGUUAACAGUAAAAAUGGUGUGGCCAAGCUGGUCUUCGUGCUGUACAAACACCUGGGCCAGUUCCUCAGCACGGAGAACGCCACGCUGCGGGGCCUCGGAGACGCCGGCAGACGUAACCUCUCGCUCACGGUCAACUCCCACAUCCUCUCCGCCUCCAUCACCAAGGAGUCCAGCCGCGUGUUUGUGGCCGACCCCGUGAUCUUCACGCUGGAGCACCUGGACAAGGAGAAUUACUACAACCCGAACUGCUCCUUCUGGAAUUAUUCCGAGCGAAGCAUGAUGGGAUACUGGUCGACUCAGGGCUGCAAGUUGCUGGAAACCAACGGGAGUCACACCACGUGCUCCUGCAAUCAUCUCACCAACUUUGCCAUCCUCAUGGCGCAUCGGGGGAAUGUGGGCAAGGGCAGCGUCCACGAGCUCCUGCUGACCGUGAUCACGCGGAUGGGCAUCGCCGUGUCGCUGGUGUGCUUGGCCAUCAGCCUCUACACCUUCUGCUUCUUCAAGGGCCUGCAGAGCGACCGCAACACCAUCCACAAGAACCUCUGCCUCAACCUCUUCGUCGGCGAGCUCGUCUUCCUCGUGGGCAUCAACAUGACCGAACCCCGGCUGGUGUGCUCCAUCAUCGCCGGCGUCCUCCACUUCUGCUUCCUGGCGGCCUUCGCCUGGAUGUGUCUGGAGGGCGUUCAGCUGUACCUCAUGCUGGUGGAGGUCUUCGAGAGCGAGUUCUCCCGCCGCAAGUACUACUACGCGGCCGGCUACCUCUUCCCGGCGGCGGUGGUGGGCAUCUCCGCGGCCGUCGACUACCACAGCUACGGCACGCCGCGAGCGUGCUGGCUGCGAGCGGACAACCAUUUCAUCUGGAGCUUCAUCGGACCCGUCACUUUCGUCAUUGUGGUCAACGUCAUCUUCCUGGUGGUGACCAUGUACAAGAUGGUGAAGCAUUCCACCUCCAUGAAACCCGACUCCUCCAGGCUGGGGGGUAUCAGGUCGUGGGUGUUGGGAGCCUUUGCCCUGCUUUGUCUUUUGGGCCUCACGUGGUCCUUCGGCCUGUUCUUCCUCAACGAGUCCUCCAUUGUGAUGGCGUACCUCUUCACCAUCUUUAACACCCUUCAAGGAAUGUUCAUCUUCAUCUUCCACUGCCUCCUGCAGAAGAAGGUGCGCAAGGAGUACGGCAAAUGUUUCCGUCAGUCUCAGUGCCGCGGCGCCCUGCCGCCCGAGGGUCCCCACGGCUCGGUGAAGACGGCCACGUCUCGGACCACGGCGCGCUACUCCUCCGCCACUCAGAGCCGCAUCAGGCGCAUGUGGAACGACACGGUGAGGAAGCAGUCGGAGUCGUCCUUCAUCUCGGGAGACAUAAACAGCACCUCCACCCUCAACCAGGGCAUGACCGGCAACUACCUCCUCACUAACCCCCUCCUCCGCACCCACGACACUAACCCUUAUAACAACCUGCUGGCCGAGACGGUGGUGUGCAACACGCCCUCUCCGCCGACUUUUCACUCUCCAGGACAGCAGUCGCUGAGCAACAGCAGGGACAUCAGCGCCAUGGACACCCUGCCCCUCAAUGGCAACUUCAACAACAGCUACUCCCUGCGAGACGACGACUAUGAAGCCGUGGGCGUGCGCGCCCCCCCGCCCGACCUGGGGGGCCUCAACCUGGACGACGCCGCCUUCGAGAAAAUGAUCAUAUCGGAGAUCGUGCACAACAACCUGAGACCUCGCGCCGGCCCCAGAGGCCGCGGCGACGCCCAGCGGGACAGGGACUCGGCGCUGGCCCUGCAGACCAGGGCGGUCCCGGACCGCCGCGGGGGCGGGAGCGGCAGCGAGGACGACGCCAUCGAGGCGGAUCACGUCGAGGCGUCGUCCCCGCGGAGAGGAAGCGCGCGAGAGGGCCACGCGCCCCUGGAGCUGCUCCUGCACCCCCACCACAAGGAGGCCCUCGAGGCCCCCCUCCUGCCCCAGAGGACUCACUCCCUGCUCUACAGCGCCCAAAAGGCUCCCGGCAAGCCGGAGGGCCAGGUGGAGACCGUGACGGCGGGGGAGGACGCCGGCGACAACAACAGAGACUCGCUCUACACCAGCAUGCCCAACCUGAGGGACUCGCCCUCCGCCUCGCCGUACCCCCCGGGGGAGGAGGACGAGGACGAGCUCUCCCCCUCCGCCCGGAGCGACGGCGAGGAGGCGUACCGCAAAAGCAUGCCCGAGCUCGGGGACGCCCCCCCGCUGUCCUACUACCACAUAAACCGAGCGCCCGGCGACGGCUGCGUCCCCCCGGAGGGGGGCGCCCCCGACGACGGACAGAUGCAGAUCAUCACCAGCCUCUGAGUCCAGACCCGAAGAGGCGGGAGCUUUUUUUUUUUCCGGUUGAUGUCAAAAGAGCCGCUGAGGGCGGCUCCGCACUCCACGGAACCCCCCCCCCCCCCGCCUCCGGGAAAUUGGGGCGUUGUUGGGGUGGGUAAAGGAACGAAUCGGUGACUUUUUUUUUUUUGGGUGGGGGACGGGGUUUUUUUUUUUUUUUUUUGCACAUGGAACUCGUCACUCAAAAACAUGAUUCUUCUGAGGCCUGAAUGUGGACCGCGAGCACCCUGCCGUGUACAGGAUGGAAACAUUUGAAAUAUUCCCUGUAAAGAAGUCCUGACACACGCCCGGCGGGCGAGAGAACCUUCAAAACAAGGUUCUCUCUCUCUCUUUCUCUCUCUCUCGAAAACAGUUGCGAUUGUAAUUCAACCACCGAUUCAGACUCAGGCCUUAUAUUUUCUCUAUUGCACAAUUAACUUGUCAAAAGUAACAGCUAAAGAAUUUAUAUUUUGCUGUACCACUAGUGUAAAAGGUAGGCGGGGGUAAAAAGUUUAAAAAUAUUAAAAAAAAAUAAAGAAAGAAAAGGCAACCAUUAAGUAGCUCAUCAUGUUAAUAGGACUCCUCAUGUAAGGAUAAUUAAUAAAAAAAAAAAAGAAAAUAAAGGAGGAAAUGUGUUUUUGUUCCCUCUCACACUUGUGAUAUGUUCAAAUAUGUUUUAAAAGACAAAAAAAAAAAUGUAUUUGGAGAAAGAUAUGGUUCCAUAUUGCUCACGUCCCCCGGCUUGUGAAGUGCUUUUGCUUUCUCGGACAAACUCUGAAGGAAACGUGCCGCCAAGACAAGACAUUUUCUUCGCAGACACUUUUCUUCCUUUUUCCGCAUUGUUAAUUUAUUAACGGGACUAUUCGGUUUUUAAAAUGAUGAAAAAAUUUUAAAAAAAAAAUGUGCAGAGGUUGUUGCGGCACUGUUUAGGUUCAUGUCAUUUCUUUUGUAAGAGCCCAUCGUCAGCUGGUAUUUAAUUCAAC